AUGGAUACCAAGAUUGAACGGCAGAGGUCUGUCUCUGAUGCCGACCAGCAGCCGCUUGCCGUGGGAGAGAGCGAAGGCGUGCGCGUGGUCGCCAUGUGCACCUUCGAAGCUGUUCAAGACUACGAGCUGGGCUUCCGUCAGUACGACGUGCUCACCGCCAUCGCCAAAGCCGAAGAGAUUGGAGGCAAGAUCGGACUCUUUCCCUCCGAAUGUGUGGAGAUUCUCAAGGGCUACCCCGAUCGGCUGCCCUUGUUCAAGAUCUUUCUAAGCGAUGACGGCACCGACGGUGGCAUCGAUGUCCUCCAGAUCAGUAACGACGACGUUCCCGUCCACCAGCAGAAGCACAUCUCACCCUCGGCCUCUACCGCGUCCCUCGUCUCGUCCUCGUCAUCCACGGAGGUGGACACCACCCCGAGGCAGCGCGCCAGCACCCACCCUGAACCCGACGUGGCCGUCAUUUCCUGCUACCGCUGCAACGCUCAAGUGAGCAUCAAGAAGGGCCAAAGCUUCUACCCGUGCGAGUGCGGUGCCAAUGUGAAGCGGCCUGAGGUCGACGACGAGCACCAGCAUGGCCAGGAGGAGACCCCGUCGGCGGUCAACACCAAGAGGCGCCGAUGCAACACGGCCGGCGCAGCCGUGGGCGGCGUGGUGCGCGAGGAAACGCCCAAGCAGCGGAAGAAGCGGGAGAAGCUCGAGCGCGAGCAGAAGAAGAAGCAGGACGAGGAGGAGCGCAAGUUCCGCGAGCGGCGGGACAAGGGCCGCCUGAGCGCGUCGCAGUGGAACCGCCAGGUCGACAGCGCGCGCGAGCGGCUGUGGCGCGCGUCGGUGAUAAUGACCGGCCCCAACGGCGAGUCGACCAACGACGACGGCUCGGUGUCGAUGCUGUCGACCGACGACAACAUCUCGACGGUGGGCUCGAGCGCGUUUGACGUCGACACCUUCGAGGACGCGCGUUCGGACAGCCCGCGCGACAUCUCCUCCUUCUCGUCGGCCCUCUCCGGCCGGUCGCUCUCCCGCUCCGGCUCCCUCACCAGUGUGUCCGUCAACCCUGAGUCGGCCAAGACGAAGCGUGACAAGAAGAAGACCAAGGAGCAAAGGAAGAAGGAGAAGGAGGAGAAGAAGCGGCUCAAGAAGCUCGAGAAGGAGGAACGAGAGGAAAAGCGGAAGAUGGAGCGGGUGGGCCGGGAGAAGAAGCGACGCAACAGCCUCUUUGGCAGCAGCAGCGGGAGCAUCGCCACCCGCAAGCAGCGCGACAAGCUCACCACCGCCAACCCGGCCGCGGCCGACAGCGUGACGGUGACGAUCAACCCGAUCACGGCCCACGCGAAGAAGCAGCAGCAGCAUAUGAAGGCCAAGACGAUGGUCAAGACCAAGUCCGGCAAGGUCAUGUCGCUCGAGGAGGUCGAGCGCGAGGGCAAGAAGUCCAACUGGGACGUGUCGCGCCUCUUCUCGGUGCGCAUCGGCGCCGGCGCCGGCGGUCGCGUGAACAAGCAGCAGACCCAGAAGCAGCGCAAGGCCAGCGUCGGCGCGGCGGAGGCAUCGCACGCGCAGGUGAUCCAGCGCGCCGCCCAGCAGGAGCGUGAGCUGCAGGAAGCCGCGCGGCAGCUCGAGGAGGAGCGCAGGCGGUUCGCCGAGGAGCGCCAGCGGUUCGAGCAGGAGCGGCUCAAGGUGAUGCUCAUGCUCGCGCAAGACAUGGAGGGCGUCAAGAUGGCCCGCGACGGCACGCCCAUGUACCCGUCGCCGGCCAACCACCCGCUGCUGCUCGUACCGACCGAGCCGUCGCCCAUCGCCUCGUUCGCCGCCAGCCAGUCCUCGUUCACGUGUCUCCCCACGGCGACCGCCACCUUGAGCGCCGAUGCCCUGGUGGCCCCGCACGAAUCUUCAUCCACGUCGGUGCUGCCGCACACCACCUCUGCGCCGACUUACACGCAUCACCAGUCCGGCGGCACCUCGAACUCGACGCCGUCGCUGCCCUCGCUCUACAACCCAUCGCUGGCCUCGAUGCCGUCGUCGGUUGCCAUGCCGUCGGCGGAUGAUGCUGAUGACGGCAGCCCGUCGUCGUCGGCCGAUGACGUGGACGUCAGGGAGUCGGCCGAGGCCGUGCCGGCGUCGCCGCGCAAGCCGCCGUCGGGCGGCGUCUUCCUGCCCUUCCUCAUGGCGCCGCGAGCUGGAGGACCCCAACAGCAGAGGAAUGCCACGAAUGCGUCGGCCGGCGCCCACCAGAAGGCGGAAAGCGAGGCCGCCGCGGAGCUCGAGGAGAAGCUGCUCGACCAGCUCAAUAACGCCAAAGACGACGGCGACGACAGCCACAUCGACCAGGACGCCGAGGAGGCCGAGAGCGGCACGAGCAGCGAUGAAGAGGAGGAUGAGCUCACCGACGAGGACUCGACGUCGAGCGAGGAGGAGGUGCGAGUUCAGCCGGCCGUCGACAAGCUGAUGCGGGAGAAGCGGAAGAUCACCGUAGCGCCCAUCCAGGGCAUUUCCGACAUGAAGGAGCUCGACGACGACGAUCGCCAGCAGCUCGACGGCAGCUGGAUCACCGCCAUCAGCCCGCGGCGGCGCGAACGUGACCAGCAUCAGUUGAAGGCCGUCGCCGCCGUCGUCGACGAGGGCGAAAAGGAGAUGAAGGACGUCAUCGUACGACCGGGCAUGUCGACGGCGUCGUCUUCUUCAUCGACGUCUUCAACGAGUGUCGCUGCCGACAAGUCGAAGAAGGUGAGCUUCGCCGCCGGUGGGGCAUCAUCGUGGACGACGGCCGAGAGCCCGCGGCGCAUGCUCGAGGCCCUCCGGGCGCAGGGCGCGUCGCAGGCCGAGAUCGACCGCGAGCGCAAGCGGUUGCUGGCCGGCAAUGUCGCUGAUGGAACUGUCGGCGGCCGCGCGUUGACGCCGGCGGCUGCGGCGAUCGCGACCAAGUACGAGGAGGAGAUCGACCAGCUGUUGGAGAAGAUGAAGCAGCUGCGCGACCGGUCGAGCAGCGACGACAGCUGGGACACCUCGAGCGAGAGCGACGAGGACCUCAACGACGACAACAACGUCGACGACAAGGAGAAGCAGAAGCCGCACGACAUCAGCAGCGACGACGACGAUGAAGAAGUGGCCGACGAUGACGACGAGAGCGAGGCGGAGGUCGUGAUCCCCGAGUGGACGCGUGGUCCGCCCAAGAGCCUGCAGGAGAUGAGGGAGUACAAGGACUUCGUACGGGCGCGCUACGAGACCGAGAAGCGCGAGACCGAGCGCAUGCUGCGGCGCAACCAGCGCGAGAUGCGAGCCCGCGGUAUGACCCUGCCUUCCACCACCACAUCGGCCUCGACCUCGCACGCGCCCAACCACGCGGACCACCGGGCGUCCUGGAUCAUCUAA